CGUGCGGGCUCCCAAUUGCGCAUUCGUGGAUGGCGUGAAGGCGUCAGUAACCAAAGAGGGUCGGUCGCGGUGUAGAGUAGAUCUAUAUGAUAUAUAUCACCUCCUCCGCCCCGCUCAAACACCCAAACCUCGACCAGGGAACGAAACACCGGUACAUGAGCGGGAGGACACCAUUCAGAAAACAAACCCACAACUCGACAGCUUUAUCGUGGUUGAGAACACAGGUGUCUGUGUGAAAUAUUGGUUGAGUUGUCCAGAGAUACCAGAAAGAAGCUACUGACACAGGUUACUGCUGGAGAGGGCACACCAAUAAACACACAUCACAAAGGUACACACAGCUUAUACAGCUAUGGAGGAUUACGCUUCAUUAAUCAUCUGCCUGGUCUAUCUGAAGUCCUACAUGGUUUGAGUGAUGGACUUGUCUAACUGUACAGAGGGAGUCUUCUCCCUGGGUGGGGGUGAGGAGGGGGAUGGGGGUUCUAUAACCCCACCAAGUAAAAUCAUCCUCACCCUCACCCUGUCCCUGCUCGCUGUCAUGACAAUGGUUAUCAACUCCCUAGUGAUCACAGCCAUCAUCGUAACCAGAAAGUUACAUCAUCCGGCCAACUACCUGAUCUGCUCUCUGGCGGUGACGGACCUGCUGGUGGCCAUCUUGGUCAUGCCCUUCAGCAUCCUCUACAUACAGAGGGAAAGCUGGGUGAUGGGCGAGGCUGUCUGUAAUGUUUGGCUGAGUGUUGACAUCACCUGCUGCACUUGUUCCAUCCUCCACCUGGCAGCCAUCGCUCUGGACCGCUACUGGGCCAUCACUGACGCCGUGGAGUACUCACGCAAACGCACCGGCCUCCGAGCUGGCAUCACUGUCGCCGUCGUCUGGUUCCUGUCCGUCCUCAUAUCCCUUCCCCCUCUGCUGUGGAGGAACCAUGGUGGGGGGCCAGAGGAGGACCAGUGUCUGAUAACGCACCACCACAUCGCCUUUACCCUCUACUCCACCCUGGGGGCCUUCUAUAUUCCCCUGCUCCUCAUCCUCAUCCUCUACUAUAAGAUCUACAGAGCAGCUCAGACUCUGUACCUCCGCAGGGGGGCCAGCAGAGCCAGCCAGCACUCCUCCAUGGUCAACGGAACCACCCCCCCCCCCUGCCCCACUGAAGGAGACCCCCAGAGCCCAGACACCCUGAACCCCCCGGAAAAGUCCUACUCAGACCCCUCCACGGAGGGCGACCGCGUGCGCAUCGCCGUAAAAAGUCCCCAGAGCGAGUCGAGGCGGGAGCGUGAAUGUGGGUUGAGACGGCAGCGUAUCUCAGGGACCAGGGAGCGGCGCGCUGCAUCUACGUUAGGACUGAUACUGGGGGCCUUCGUGGUCUGCUGGAUGCCUUUCUUCCUGAAGGAGGUGAUCGUCAACACGUGUGGCUCAUGCAACACCUCCAUAGAGCUGGCUGACUUCCUCACCUGGCUGGGGUACCUCAACUCCCUUAUCAACCCUCUCAUCUACACUAUCUUCAACGAAGACUUUAAGAAGGCCUUCCAGAGACUGGUCAGGUGUAGGCUUCGCCUCUGACACGGGCAGAGAGGACACACAUUUGUAUUUUAUUUAACCUUUAUUUAGGCAGGGUGGAGUCCCAUUUAGACAAAGGUACCUCACACAUACAAUUAUCUGUAGGGUCCCUAAGUCGAACAGUGAAUAUCAAACACAGAUUCAACCACAAAGAACAGGGAGGUUUUCCAAUGUCUCGCAAAGAAGGGCACCUAUGGGUAGAAAACAACAUUGAAUAUCCAUUUGAG